AACACAGGAAGAAGAAGAACUUUGCUUCCUCCGUUAACUUCCCACACCUUCGUUGCUAAUGCUGCCUGCAGUCCGCAGCUCCUUUCCACCGCGAUAAUGUCACACUGUUGCAUAAAUGGUUGCAAUAACCGUUACAAACCGGGAACAAGAAUCAAUUUCUACAGAAUUCCCAACGGGACACGUCAGUUUCAUAUCGACAGGAAGCGUUUAUGGAUAGAGGCGAUUGAACGAGCCAAUGGGAGCAGCGAGGGAAUUACUUCAGCGGAUCGCAUCUGUGGCGCUCAUUUCAUCACAGGACAGGCUUCUACGGAUCCAGAAAGGCCUAAUUUCGUUCCAACCUUGUUUGCAUGCACCAAACUACGUCAGAGUAAAAGGCUUUCAAAGGGAACCAAAACAACAACAACAACAAUAAGAGGGUGUGCAAAGACCAGAAGCCAGGCUAUUUUGCCAGAGGAUUCAGUCACAAAAAGAAACCCAACUGCAUCGAAAGAGCAUGCAAAGGCUGUAAACACAACUACAUCGAAAGAGCAUGCAAAGGCAGUAAACACAACUACAUCGAAAGAGCAUGCAAAGGCUGCAAACCCAACUACACUGAAAGAGCAUGCAAAGGCUGCAAACCCAACUACACUGAAAGAGCAUGCAAAAGCUGCAAACACAAAUCCACUGAAAGAGCAUGCAAAGGCUGCAAAUCCAACUACAUUGAAAGAGCAUGCAAAGGCUGCAAAUCCAACUACAUCGAAAGAGCAUGCAAAGGCUGCAAAUCCAACUACAUCGAAAGAGCAUGCAAAGGCUGUAAAUCCAACUACACUGAAAGAGCAUGCAAAGGCAAACACAUCAACAGUGGCAGAAAAUCCAGUGACCAAAAACACUCCAACCGUAAAAGAGGAUGCAGGAACAGAAAACAAGCCUUCCCUGAUAGAAGAUGAAGAGAUGCAAAUAUCGCCAACCCAACCUGCAUCUGAGUCUCCUUUGAACCAUCAGACCUUUACCGUGAUGGAAAUUGGAGAUGAAUUUGUACCUGAAGUGCAGUCUUCAUUGUCCACAUCGGCAUCAAAGGAAGAAGAAGCAGAAGACAAGAAGAUCUACAAUGAAGACCAAACUGCACCUAAAAAAAUCAAACUUGAGAACAAAUACAUCCUAAAAAUACCUCCUCACUACAGAGACAUCUUAAAACUAGAUCGAAAACCUGUUGUUCUCCUAAAGCCCUUGGUUCCUCCACAAGAUGUCUCUCAGGCGGAUCUGAACGAUCAGACAUUGACUGAAGCAUCAGAGAAAGAGUGUGAAGAAGGAAACAUGUGUCAGACAGGUUUAACUGAGUCCUCUUUAGUAACCAAGGAUCAUUCAUCCUUUCCAUGUAACAUGUGUGAUCGAACUUUUAGUACAAGUCACUACCUGAAGCGCCACAAACUGCUUCACGUUCGAGAUGUGAGGAAGUGCCUCAGGUGCGGCGCUCUCUUCUGCCGCCGCCACAACCACGUUUUGUUCCAGACACGAUCAGAGCCUCUACCAGUGUCUGAGGAGAGUUCCUCCAGCAGCGAGGAUGAAUCUUUAAACAGUGAUUCAAACACAGAAAACGGACAAACAAGCGAAACAACAGAAACGGCUGAUAAGACUUUGAGUAUACAGACUAAUGCCCCUCCAAGCAGUCCUGCUUUCACAAACUCGCCUGUACUGACAGUUUCUCCUCUGACAAACACCAGAAAACCUCUGCUGGAGUCAGUAAAGCCUGCUGCUGUGCCCCGUCCACCCUCUCCGAUCUUCAAAGUCCCAAAUAACCAAGCAACCGUGUUUCAGAUCAAACCGCUCCGGUUGGGUCCCUCACCUUCUUUGAUGCAACCAAAUGUCCAACAACCGCAACUCCCAUCUUCACUGAAGGUCUUUUCGAGUGAACACCUCACCUCAGCUCUGCUUGAUGUUCAGAGAAAUUACGAAUACAUUUUAGGAAAGUCUAAAACGGAAGUCCAAGUCAAGGAGGAGCCAGAGGAUCCAAGUCAGAUCUGCCCUGUUGAGGAGCCCGUCACUCGUGUCAAAUUGGAGAAAAUUGCGUAUGACCUGGAGAUGGUAAUUUAACCUAAAGCUGCUAAAAGAACCUACUCUGGGUGAUCAUUAAAUGCCCAAUUAAAGUGUAUGCUAAUUUGCAUAUCUUUACAUAUUUUUGAUACGGAUCUGCUUUUUUAUGUAUUACACUUCACUGAACAAAUAGGCAUUCUGUCUUAGUUUUUUUUUUUUUAUUUGUAGCAUCAUAUUCAUCCAGUUUUCUGCACACAGCUAACAUUAGAUACAGUUUUAUAUACAGGAGAUUCUCAUUUCAGUCUUCUAUCUACCUCAGCUAGCUGUUCACAAGUAGAAAUUGCGUGUUUUACUGCAGAUCUGUGCUGCUUUUGGACAUAAGUACAAACAUGCCUAUUAUCUAGUAUUAAGCUUGUAUUCAGAGGCAUGUGUUCCUUCCAGCAAAUGUCUUUAAGAUCAGCUGUAAACUUCUUCUCUACCUUCUACAGCAAUAAAGCAAACUUUGUGCA